AUCCUGGUCCACUCUUGGCGACCGGCGACGAGCCAGCUCCUGGAGACCAGCUCGGUCAGUCGGUACCGGUCCACCGACCGAUCAGGAUCGACAGAGAGAUCGGUGCACCACCUCAUUGAUACCAUCUCCGAGAACACUCCUUUGGGAUCGCAAUGCGGACGAGGUUGCAGCUGCUGCUGGCAGCACUGUUCGUCGCCGGCCUCCUGGUGGACGAUGCAGCCGGACAGAGGAAGAGGAAGUAUCGCAAGCGGCCCGUCACGACGACAGAGGCGAGUCUUCAGGAUGAGGUGAUGAACAUGCUGGAAGCUGACGAGAUAGCCGAAGAAGCCGGGCAGAUGACCCGCGGCGAGGACGAUGAACUCACGGCCAAGGAGGCUUAUCAGAUAGAUCCUUGCCUGGACAAGCACUGCGGAGCCGGUCGCAUAUGCCAGCCAUUAAAGGACGGUGGGGCGGAGUGCAUUUGCGUGGAGACGUGCGACGAAGAGUCCGACCCUCGACGCAAAGUCUGCACGAAUUACAACGAGACAUUCGGCAGUGACUGCGAAGUCUACCAGACCAGGUGCUUCUGCGAGUCGGAGGAUCCAAGGUGUAGAGGCGAGGAUUACCGACACGUUCAUAUAGAGUAUUAUGGCUCCUGCAAGCAGAUGCCGGCCUGCAAGGAGGAGGACAUGCUGGACUUCCCAAGACGUAUGCGAGACUGGCUCUUCAACAUCAUGCGUGACCUUGCCGAUCGGCAGGAACUGCCUUCUCAUUACUUGAAGAUGCAACGAGAGGCCGAGACGAACAUGACCCUGCGUUGGACUAACGCGGCCAUCUGGAAGUGGUGCGACCUGGAUGGACAUCCUCACGACAGAUCGGUCUCUAGACACGAGCUCUUCCCUAUCAGGGCGCCCUUGAUGGCCCUGGAGCACUGCAUCGCUCCUUUCCUCGACUUCUGCGAUGCGAACAACGACCAUAAAAUCACGCUCAUCGAAUGGGGAAAGUGCCUCCAGCUCGACGAGGACGACUUAGAGGACAAGUGCGACGAGCUAGCGGAAGCAGCCUCCAACAUGCAGUGAGCGAUAACCACCGACAAGCGGAGUACGGGAUAAGGGCCGGGUCUACCUGAAGAGGGAAAAAAAGUAAAUAAGUCGAAGUAGAGCUCGACCGAAUCCAAAUGCAUUUUCUUCCCCCUGGUUACCUGUGCGCAUCUCUUGUAGACCUUAUCAAUAGACCGCCGCAGCCUUUGUCUCAAUCGUUCUCCACGACUCCGCUGGUUUACAUACUCUGCAUCCCGUUUCACGAUAACCGGGCUCGAGCCAUUACGUGCCUCGAAACACCAUACCUAAGCAUUCUCAAAGAAACGGAGCCACGCUCCACCUUAUAGGACAUAGACUCACUAUUUUAAUCUGUAGUGACUUGUGUAUUCGUGUACUUUUAACGUAAGAAGCCCUCUUUCUUAAUUUUAUUAAUAAAGAGUAACUGCCAAUCUCCCCUA